UUCCAUAUCGCACCAUGCAUGCAUAUCCAAGCUCGCAAGUUCAAAAGCCGUACGGCCUAUGGCUCAUCGGAGGUGGAAGUUGAGGUUGAUGGGUGCCUGGCAUCUGGGGCGGAAUGACCUCACAUCAGAUUCCAGCAUCACGACCGCUGUCGUUUGAUCGUCUCAUUCCACCGUGGGUCCCGCACUAAUCUUGUUCUCCUCGUUCCACCAUGCCACUCGUUGUGAUGCGUGAGACGGCUGGAUGUUGCUUGCUGUCACUCAUAUGCAGCGAUGCUCAGCGAGGACAACGCCUUCUUGCAAUCAGUUGCAGCUUGAGCACUCAGGUCACGUCUGUCAAUCUUACCGCGCCCACACCAUGCUCAUCUCUCUCCUCAUCGCACCGCUGCUUGCCCUCCGGGCGAUGGCUGCACCCAAUCCCGACCUGAUGGACCUAUGGCCGACGCGGCUCGUUCCAACGGGCACCGAACCCACAACCAUGACCUACACCUUCGCCUUCCCCUUCCCCACUACCGUAACGCGGGUAUGGAACGCGGGCGUCGUAGCAGCACCCACACCGACGGGCGGCGUGACGUCCGGCACAGCGCUGGCCGCCAACGCGGCCGCGGCCACCGGGGGCGGCGGACUCCCUUUCAACCCGCUCGACCCGAACGCGAUGAGCGGCAUCCUCGCCGCCGCAUUCCGGCAGCAGGCGGAUGCGUUGCUCGCCGAAGUCAAGAAGCAGACGAUAACGAUCGUGUGUGCCAUACUGUUUGGUACGCUGGGCGGGCUCGCGUUGAUUGCUGGGGUGAGAUGAGGGAUGAGGGAGCGAGAGAAGGGAGCAAAGCUGACUUCAGCUCGUGUGGUGUUGCCGCCGCCGCCGCAAGAAUAAGCGCGCCAGACGCGCGCCGGCGCACGUCCGCCUUGACUCGGCCAGCGACGUCGCUGUUGAGAAGGGUCCCCGUACCGCUGUCUAGAUU